AGCUAACACUAGUGUGAGAAGUAGCACAGGCACUAGUGAUGGUUGUAUGGUGACAUCGUUUGUUGGAAUCUUGUAUACAUGAGCGGCAACAGUAUGUAAGAUUAGGAGAACAAAAAGGCAAAGGAAGAUGGUGAAGAAGUUGGCAGAAAGAGGGAAGAAGAAGGGAGUGGUGGAGAGCGUGGGUCUUCCUAGCCAUAAUUAAUUAGGAGAACAAAAAGGCAAAGGAAGAUGGUGAAGAAGAUGGCAGAAAGAGGGAAGAAGAAGGGAGUGACGGAGAGCGUGGUGAACAGAGGAGCUUGGACGGCUGAGGAGGACCAGAAGCUGGUGGAAUACGUCAGAGCCCACGGUGACAAGAACUGGAGAACCCUCCCCGCAAAAGCUGGGAUAAAUAGAUACGGUAAGAGUUGUAGAUUGAGAUGGUUGAACUACUUGAGACCAGGGAUCAAAAGAGGGAACAUAUCCAAAGAGGAAGACGACCUCAUAAUUCGACUUCAUAACCUUUUGGGAAACAGAUGGUCGCUCAUUGCCGGAAGGUUGCCAGGACGAACGGACAACGAGAUAAAGAAUCACUGGAAUACUCACUUGUGCAAAAGGUCACUGACCAUCGAUGACCUCAAUCUCGAGCUGAAUCAAAACGUCGACAGCGCUCCUCCGUUCGCAUCAAGCCAUCAUGACUUCACCACGGGAUCGGACGCGAUGGAGGAGUUGCAUCUUGCCAUCAUGACUUCACCACCGGGUGGCACUACUCAUGAUGAGCCCCUACGAUUACUGUCGCCCGAGUUGCAUCUUUUGGACUUGGGCUCGGUGCCCACACUGAACGGUGGUGGUGGAAACACCAGCAAUGAAUUUGGAGCGGAAGCUUAUGAGACUGGAGGUGGAGAUGGAAAUGGUUCUCUAGAUGGAGUCAUGGGUGGCAUUUCUGGAACCAAAUCAGAUGCACAGGCGGUGUUCGAUGAGCUGGACAGGUGGCUCAUAGGCUGUGAGGACCUUGCAUUAUAUUUUCUCAAUUGAACCGUAUCAUGCCUGCCCUUUUUUUUGUUUUUUUUUUAAUUUUCUCAUCGUUAAGCAGCUCCUUGUGGCUUUUCCUGUUUGUUCACCAUCUACUUAUA